AUGAUAAAUCUAUUCAUUGGAAAUCAAUGCCAUCAACAUUUAGAUCUACCGGUGCCAGUGGUUAAUAAAACUAAAUUAGUGGCCGAAAAAGUGGUGAUCAAUCCUUCAUUGCAUCCAAAGAUAACAUAUUAUAAUCGCACAGAAAGGCUAUGGUUUUUAUCUAACGGUACGGCCAGACUAACCGGCCGCGAGGCUACUAAGCUAGCUCUCUGGCCGGAGGAAAUACCAGCCAAUAAUACCGUUGAAGAUCGGGUGGUCAAUCAGCUUAUGUAUGUUCCCGAGAAUUACGAUAGAAAUCUUAAGCGAUUUAAAAAGAUAUUUUUGAGUACCACUGAUAUAGACUGGAAGCUGUCGUUGGGUCGCAAAGAGUUUCUCAGGUGUCCGGUCAGUACCUGUCUAUUGGUGCCGUCAAAAGACGCCCCAAAAGCGGAUCUAAUAUUUUUUAAGAAUCGAUACGGAUUUAAUGAUCUGGAAAAGGAUCGGCCGUCCCAUCAAAUUUGGCUGAAAUUUGAGAUCGAGUCGGCCGCUAACAUACAACUACUCGGUCCCGACAAUGCCUUCAAUUGGACGGCCACUUAUCGACACGACUCGGAAAUAUCGACGCCGUACUACAAGUUCUAUCCCUAUGAAGAUCAGACCCGCAAUAGGGUGACCACUACUAGUCAGCGGCCAAAUUAUGGCCGAAAUAAGACGAAAAAAGUGGCCUGGUUUGUGUCCAACUGUUUUGCGGCUAAUAAACGGCUGGAGUACGCCAACCAACUGGCCAAAUAUAUUGAGGUCGACAUCUAUGGCCAGUGUGGUACUAAAAAAUGUCUAAAAAAAGAUAACGAUUUGUGUCAGCAAAUGUUGGACAGGGAUUACAAGUUUUAUUUGUCAUUUGAAAACUCUAAUUGUAAAGACUAUAUCACCGAAAAGUUUUGGAUCAAUGGAUUGGCCCAUAAUAUAGUGCCAAUAGUGAUGGGCGCCCAUCCGGACACCUAUAAACAGUUAGCACCACCGCACUCAUACAUACACGUCGAUGAUUUUAAAUCGCCUAAAGAGUUGGCCAAUUAUCUACAUAAGCUCGACAACGAUGACCAUCUGUAUAAUGAAUACUUUGCGUGGAAAGGAAUCGGUGAGCUAAAGGAAAUAUUUAUGUGGUGUCGGGUAUGCGCUCUAUUGCACGCGCCUCCCAGUCCUCGAUACUAUAAAAGUCUACAAAAUUGGUGGGAACCGGAGGGUACGUGUGUACCGAUAACGUGGACUAGUAUGUCGAUUGAGGAAUAA